AUGAAGUUGGACGUUACCAAACAAUUCAGCACCAGGCUGGACCGGGUCAAAGGCAUUGACUUUCACCCAACGGAACCCUGGGUGCUUAUCACUUUGUAUAAUGGCAAAGUCGAGAUUUGGUCUUACGCUACCAACACGUUGGUCAAGCUGAUCCAAGUCACCGACAGUCCAGUGCGUUCGGGUAAAUUUAUUGCUCGAAAGAACUGGAUUGUGGUGGGCUCAGAUGACUUUCAAAUCCGCGUCUACAACUACAACACUGGUGAAAAAGUCACCCAAUUUGAAGCCCAUGCUGACUACAUUCGUGACAUCGCAGUGCAUCCAACCAAGCCUUUCGUUUUAACCCUGAGUGAUGAUUUAACUAUUAAAUUGUGGAACUGGGAUCGUCAGUGGCUGUUGGAUCAAACCUUCGAGGGUCAUCAACAUUACGUGAUGCUGGUGAACUUCAAUCCGAAGGAUCCCAACACUUUCGCUCUGGCUUGCUUAGAUAGAACCGUUAAGGUUUGGCUGUUGGGCAAUCCGAACCCCAACUUCACUAUGUUGGCACAUGAUAUCAAGGGCGUCAACUAUGUUGAUUAUUACCCUCAAGCAGACAAGCCCUACUUGAUCACCUCAUCUGAUGACAAGACCGUUAAAGUUUGGGAUUAUCAAACAAAGCUGUGUGUGGCAACUCUUGAGGGUCACGUACUGAAUGUCUCGUUUGCAAUUUUCCACCCGGAGCUUCCGAUUAUUGUGUCUGGUUCGGAAGACGGUACGCUUCGUUUCUGGAACGCCAAUACUUUCAAAUUGGAGAAACUGAUCAACUACUCUUUGGAAAGAGCUUGGUGUGUGGGUAUUUUGCCAAAGCUGAACCUUGUCGCUGCCGGGUUUGAUUCGGGCUUUGCCAUCAUUAAACUUGGUAAUGAGGAACCACUCUUUUCGAUGGACUCUCAAAAUAAGAUUAUCAUGGCCAAAAACCUGGAUGUAUAUCAAUCGAUCAUUAAGCCUCUGGCUACUGAUGGGUUGAAAGAUGGGGAUACUAUUCCUCUUGUUCAAAAAGAUUUCGGCACCAUUGAAGUUUAUCCCCAAUCUUUGGCCCACUCUCCUAAUGGAAGAUACGUUGCUGUUUGUGGUGAUGGCGAAUACAUUGUUUACUCACUGUUGGCAUGGAGAUCCAAGCAGUAUGGGCCGGCUCUUGACUUUGCCUGGAACUCCAUGGACACUACCAAUGCUUGCACAUACGCUACAAGGGAAUCUUCAACCCUGGUCAAGAUUUACAAGAAUUUCAAAGAGAGUUCUGUUGUUGAUCUUGUAUACCAAGCUGACAAAAUAUUUGGUGGCGCCCUCCUUGGUGUAAAGCUGGAAGGUUGCAUCUCUUUCUAUGAUUGGGAGCUGGGUGCUUUGGCUCGACGUGUGGACAUUGAUGACGACAUUAACGACAUUGUUUGGCUGGCAGAUGGUGACUUAUUGGCUAUUGUCACUUCCCAAGCUCAAAGCGCAGAUGCUAAGGGUACUACUGUGGCUCAUGAGACAUACUUCUUGUCAUACAAUGCUGACAUGUUUGAAGAAGCUCUUGCUGCUGAUGCACUUGAUGCUGAAGAAGGUGCAGAGCUGGCGUUUGACGUUCUCUAUACAUUGCCCACUCUGGAACAAAUUUUGAGUGGCCGAUUUGUUGGUGAUGUAUUUGUUUACACCACUGGUUCGACCAAUCGUCUCAAUUACUUUGUCGGUGGUGAAGUGAUCAACUUGGGCCACUUUGAUCACAAAUACUACAUUUUGGGCUACAAGGAAGCCGAAAAUACUUUGUUCUUGAUUGACAAACUGUUCAACGUCAUUCCUUGGUUCAUUAAUGAGAAAAUGCUAGUAUUACAAACCAUGGUGAUGCGGGGUGAACUCGAACAAUAUGCUUCUCAGACCACCGAAGUCGAAGGUGAAACAAUCCCCGAUGUUAGUCAAAUUACUUUGGAUGAUAUCAGCCAGGAAUAUCAGGACAUGUUAUCUGGAUUUUCCAAAACUGAACUCAAUCAGUUGCUGCGCUUCUUUGAAAAGUUAGGAUAUUUGGGUUUGUCCUUUGCUCUCUCCCAGGAUUUCGACUCUAAGUUCGAAAUUUCUCUUCAAACUGGCAAUUUGGCUCGUGCUUUUGAGUUGUUAAAUACCUUGCAGUCGGAGCAGCCUUCAACUGCAUUGAGCAACACCACUAAAUGGAAGAAGUUGGGUGACUUGGCACUUUCGAAGUGGAAGGUUGGUUUGGCCCUGGACUGCUAUUGGUUGGCAAAAGAUUAUGCCCUGUUGUUGUUGAUUUUAUCUUCAUCUAACAAUUCUCAACAAUUAUCUCGCUUGGCACAAGAAUGCGAGGACAGCGGCCGGUAUAAUAUUGCCUACCAAGCCUGGUGGCUUGUGGGAAACAAAGAGAAAUGUUUCGACUUGUUGUGUAAGCUGAAGCGUUACACUGAAGCUGCUGUGUUUGCCAACAAUUACAAUCUUGAAACUAAAAUUCCUGAAGCACUCUCUUUGUGGAAAAAGCUGCUUGAGGAAAAGCAGAAGACUAAAAUUAGCGAUCGAUUAGUUUCAGAUUUCUCGCUGUUACUGCUUGCUGACACUAAAACGCAGGUAACCGAAGAUUUACCAAAAGAGAAAGUUACCGAGAUUAUCCCUGAAGAUCAAUUAGUCGAAGACGCAUUGAAAGAAGAGGCUAUUGAGAAUAUUAUUGACGAGAAGGUAAAAGCAGAAUACGCUAAGGAAGCGCCAUUACUUGAUUUGGACACCCCUGCCGCUGAUGAAGAACCUUCUUUGAUUUAA